CAAGCCGACAUGUCGGUGAGCGGGGAAGGGACGGGAGGUAGAGGUCGGGGGCGAGGGGGGGAGAUUCCGUUGCGUGCUAGGGGUCGUGGACGCGGAGGGGGAACUGCAGGGGCUGGUGGGGCACGGAGCAAGCGCGCUAGAGGGGUGGAUGAGGAGGAGGAGGAGGAGGAGGAGGAGGAGGAGGAGGAGGAGGAGGAGGAGGAGGAGGAGGAGGAGGAGGAGGAGGAGGAGGAGGAGGAGGAGGAGGAGGAGGAGGAGGAGGAGGAGGAGGAGGAGGAGGAGGAGGAGGAGGAGGAGGAGGAGGAGGAGGAGGAGGAGGAGGAGGAGGAGGAGGAGGAGGAGGAGGAGGAGGAGGAGGAGGAGGAGGAGGAGGAGGAGGAGGAGGAGGAGGAGGAGGAGGAGGAGGAGGAGGAGGAGGAGGAGGAGGAGGAGGAGGAGGAGGAGGAGGAGGAGGAGGAGGAGGAGGAGGAGGAGGAGGAGGAGGAGGAGGAGGAGGAGGAGGAGGAGGUCGAGGAGGUCGAGGAGGAGGGCACUGGGGCAAGGACUCCAGGCCUUAUGCAGGGUAUGUACUUGGAGACAGAUGAUCCACACAAGCGGUAGCACAAUGAACAAAGCCACAAAGA